AUGGCCAAGAUUAAGGCUUGGGACCUGCGUGGCAAGAAGAAGGAGCUGUUGAAACAACUGGAGGAUCUGAAGGUGGAACUCUCCCAGCUUCAAAUUGCCAAAGUGACAGGUGGUGCCACUUCCAAGCUCUCCAAGGUACAAUUUUCACACAAAUCUAUUGCCCAUGUCCUCACUGUCAUUAAUCAGACCCAAAAAGAAAACCUCAGGAAAUUCUACAAGGGCAAGAAAUACAAGCCCCUGGACCUGCGACCCAGGAAGACUAGAGCCAUGCGAUUCGGGCUCACCAAGCAGGAAGAGAAGCUGAAGACCAAAAAGCAGCAUUGGAAGGAGUGGCUGUACCCACUGUGCAAGUAUGCAGUCAUGGCCUUGAAGACACCCUCUCUGGGGAGACCCUCAUUCAAGCCUCAGGAAGUCACGGACACCCAAAAACUCAUGAGACACCAAAUCUGCUGGACAUCCAAAGAUAGAGGUAAAGAUGCUGCUCUAGACAUCGAGUACAUGAGGAAAUGUGAAUGCAAAGGAUCUACAUUUGCCUUGAGCGAUGAACAGUUGCCCCAGGAAAGUGAAAAAUUCUAUGAAAAUAAAAAAUUAUAA